UAGUCCUCUUAGUCAGCUCUUAGAACCGUUAGUAGAGACAAGCUGUUGAAGGUUAUGUGAAGUUAACUUUACAACAAAUAAAAUGGGUCUCCGUCAUCAGUAUUUUAUUGCACGCACGGUUUUGGUUAGAAAUGGAAAUGUUGAAGAAGCUGCUAGACUCUUAAAUAGGAUUUUAGGUAAAGAGGGGAUAUUCGAUCAGUAUCGGCUUACACGUUACUAUGAGAAGCCCCAUCAGACACGUCGCAGAGUCAAUUUUGAGAAGUGUAAAGCCAUCUACAAUGAGGAUAUGGAUCGCAAAAUACAGUUUGUUUUGAGAAAAAACAGAACUGAACCAUUUCCAGGGUGUUCUUAAAUGUAAAACAAUGCAUUACUGUAAACUAAUGUUUUUAUUUCAGAUUGUUAUGGUGGGUAUUAAUAAUGAUAAUUUGCACCCUUAACAAUUAAAAAUGAAGUAACAAUUUCCCUUAUGCAAAUAAUCUUAUUGUUACUGUCACAGAAACUACAUAUUUAGAUUAUUGCACUUACAUAACUUAUGUAUGAUGACUUCUUUAAUAAAUUAAGAAUUUAGCAACAAGUGAAAAAUAAUUUCUCCUCUUACUGUGAUCAGAUCUGUUUGAUGAAUCAUGGUAAAAAAACAUAAAGCAAGACCUGUUACAGGGAUAAAUUUUACAGGGCAUGGAAAUUAUUUUUCUCCUCCCCAGACAUUGAUUUGGUUCUUUCAAAAUAUUUGCAACUGUUUGUUACCAGGAUUCAUAAAACAAGCUCUAAUCAGACUACUGAAUUUUUGAAGAGUACUAUCUUCUGGGAUAUAAGUUUGUGUAGUCUGUUAAAAGGUAACCUGUUUCGGAGGAACGUAUCACCUUCCGGGUUGAAUAAGCCAAGCAGGAUACCAGUGUGAGAGCAGGUGGCAAGCUGAGUAAUUGGGUGGGCCCUUUUCAGGACCAUCCUAAAUUCCUGUUCUUGUCUCCAAUCAGUUCACUUGGGGGUCAUAUGAGAGCCCAGUAGUUUCAUUUUGUCCCAUGGUGAGCCAGUAGGAACUGAGGUCCAGUCUUCUAUUUCUAUCCUGCUUCCUCGCCAGCUGAUUACUUGGCUUGUCACCUGCUUUCACGCUGGUAUCUUACUUGGCUUAUUUGUUCGUGAAGAUGGAGGUGAUAUGUUCCUCUG